AUGACAUCUUCGACGAUGGCCGGAUUCCAGAAGCCUGGAAAGUCUUCAAGGUCAUACCAAUCCUCAAACCCGGUAAACAUUCGUCUGACGCCAGUUCCUUCCGCCCGAUCGGACUCGCAUCAUGUUUUCGUAAAUGUGAUAAAUGAGAAGAUCGAGUGGUACAUCGAGAGUAACAAACUUUUUCCUCACGAAAUAUGCGGUUUUCGGAAAGGGAAAGGUACUCUAGAUGCGCUACACAUCCUGGUGGACCAAGUUCAGCUGGCGUUGAACAACAAUCAGCACGUCAUCGCGUGUAGUGUUGAUGUUGAAGGCGCUUACGACAACAUACAGAUUGAGGUGCUAGUAGCACAGAUGCGCCGAUUGGGAAUCAGCGAGUGCCUCGUCAAGGCUGUGUACAGUCUGUUCAAGGAACGUCUUCUCCACGCGGUUUGGAUGGUAACCCAAUUCAACGGGUAA